UCUCUAUGCCUUAGAGAAACAAAGAGCCUCGAUGCUCGUGCAUGCGACUUCUCUUUCUCUCUUUAGCUACCUCUAUAUCUGUGUCGUCGUCCGCUAGUCUUUCUUCAUUUCAUUUUCUCUCCCAUGGUUUCAUCGAUUCUCUCUUUCUCUUGCUAUUACUAGUUGUUCCACUAUUUCCAAAGACAAAAAAUAACAGUUACCUAUUACUUAUAUCUCUCUCUUCCUUUGAAAUCUUCGUCAGACAAGGCGAUACUAUGGAUAUGAACAUGGGGAGCAUGGAUUCUUCUUCUUCCACACAGAACUGGCUUGCUUUCUCUCUUUCCAACCACCGCCAACAACAACAUCUCAACUUGCCUUCCUCUACUUCUCACCUUUGUCUCUUUGAAGCUUUCACUACUUCCACCACCAUCGCCACCCCAGCAACAACAAACUCUUCAGCAGCAGAAGAAGAUGCAGGUGCAGGUGCAGGUACCACCGUUGGUGCAACAGACUUGUCCAUGUUUAAUGGUGGCCCAAAACUCGAGGAUUUUCUUGGUGGUUCUUCAACCACGACUGGAGCUGGAGCUGCACCCCAACAGCAGUUGCCUCAUCAUCACUUCGCUACUGAAACACCCGUGACUGUCUCUGACACGGAGAUAUACGACUCUGAGCUCAAAACCAUAGCUGCUAGUUUUCUUCGUGGAUUUUCCUCUGAACAAACGGACACUCGCAAACAACGGCAGCAGAAGCAGCAGGUGCCUGCAUCUGAGCCUGCACCCAGAAGAGCUCUUGAUACUUUUGGCCAACGUACCUCUAUCUACCGGGGUGUCACCAGGCAUAGGUGGACUGGAAGAUAUGAAGCUCACUUGUGGGACAAUAGUUGCAGAAGAGAAGGCCAAAGUAGGAAAGGGAGGCAAGUUUAUUUGGGUGGCUAUGACAAGGAGGAGAAAGCAGCAAGAGCUUAUGAUCUAGCGGCUCUCAAGUACUGGGGUGCGACCACCACUACAAACUUUCCGAUUUCUACCUACGAGAAGGAACUAGAAGAGAUGAAGAACAUGACUAGGCAAGAGUUCGUUGCUUCUCUUCGAAGGAAGAGUAGUGGAUUUUCUAGGGGUGCCUCCAUUUACAGAGGCGUCACAAGGCAUCAUCAACAUGGUAGGUGGCAGGCAAGAAUUGGAAGAGUUGCAGGCAACAAAGAUCUCUAUCUUGGGACAUUUAGCACCCAAGAAGAAGCAGCUGAGGCCUAUGAUAUUGCGGCAAUUAAGUUCAGAGGCCUAAACGCAGUGACGAAUUUUGACAUGAGCCGCUACGACGUCAAAAGCAUUGUCAACAGCAAUCUUCCCAUCGGAGGACUUGGCAACAAAACCAAAAACUGCUCUGAUUCAGCUUCUGAUAGUAAAAGCACCGACGACGACCGAGAUCACUCCUCAGCAUCAUCCGCAGUGACCUUUGCAGCUCAGCCUGCUCCAAGCUCCACUCUCAGCUUUGCAGUUCCCAUCAAGCAAGACCCAUCAGAUUAUUGGUCCAGCAUUUUCGGAUACAAUAACAGUACCGCUUCCUUAAGCAGUGCCAAGAACCCUAGUUUGUUUCAUCAGCCAUCAAACAAUGGAUCCGGUUUCCAAAGUCCCACCGAUUUCAAUAUGGAUUUUGGUGGGAAUUCUACAGUCAACGAAAGCAUUAACAAUGGGUUGUUCAAUGUAGGUGGUUAUGUUCAGCAGCAGCAGCAGCAGCAGCAACAGACUUCAACUUCUUCCCUCCCAUUCGCUACACCAAUUGUCUUAAAUAAUAGCGUCAACAAUAAUUAUGAAGGCUCUUCUGGCUAUGGUAGCUGGAAUAUUGCACAAUCUUUGCAGUCUUAUCAAACUGCAAAACCAAGCCUCUCAGUGUUCCAGACACCAAUUUUCGGCAUGGAAUGAGCUCUCACAUACAGAAGAAAAUGUGGAUAAAAAUCUGUGCAAAGGCAAGGCUGAUCAAAGGGAAUUCAAAGUAACUGGUGGGGUGAUGCAUUGCACAGGUGGAGGGAGGGUUAACUUUUUGUUUUGCUUGAAUAGGUGAGGUUGGACUGACAAGCAUUUCAAGGGAGCUGACUGUACUAACUCAAGUUCUUUUGUUAAGGGCCUUUGCUUCCUUUUUCUUUUACUGACAUGAUCUUAUAUAUGGGGUGCAAAUGAAAAAGGAGAUCCUUUUCUCUACUGUUCAGUGCUCUGCUUCCAUCUUGUUACUUGUUAGUAUCAAAUCAUCCCUGAAAAUCCAUUAUCAGUUUUCUAUCGGCCAAGGAUAUUAGGAAUAAAGCCACUUCAUGAAAGGAUUUUUUGCCAAAUAAGUAAAUGCAUCAAUGGGAAAUAUCGAUUAUCUUGUCCUCUAAAUUCCAUUUUUCUCUAAAAA